AACAUCUUUUUGAACAUUAAUUUGAGUUAAUUUUACAUAUAUCUCUUCCUUUUCAGGUAUUACACCACUGUGUCUCACUGUUCAAAAAGGACUUGUAAGUGGUGUUCAGAUGCUUUUGGACAGAGGUGCUAAUGUUAAUGCUGAAACUCAAGAUGGCACAACUCCGCUUCAUCAUGCGAUUAAAUUUGAGAAUAUGGAAAUUGCUGAAUUACUAUUAAAUCAUGGAGCUAACGUUAAUGCCAGUGAUAAGUCAGGUAUUUCACCAUUGUGUCUUGCUGUUCAAAAAGGACAUGUAGAUGGUGUUAAGAUGCUCAUGAACAGAGGUGCUAAAGUUAAUGCUAAAACUCUGGAUGGCACAACUCCGCUUCAUCAUGCGACUAAAUUUGAGAAUAUGAAAAUUGCUGAAUUACUAUUAGAUCAUGGAGCUACCGUUAAUGCCAGUGAUAAAUCAGGAAUUUCACCACUGUGUCUUGCUGUUCAAAAAGGACAUGUAGAUGGUGUUAAGAUGCUCAUGGACAGAGGUGCUAACGUUAAUGCUAAAACUCUGGAUGGCAUAACUCCGCUUCAUGAUGCGAUUAAAUAUGAGAAAUUAGAAAUUGCUGAAUUACUUUUUAAUCAUGGAGCUAACGUUAAUGCCAGUGAUAAGUCAGGUGAUACACCACUAUGUUUUGCUGCUGAAUUAGGACGUGAACAAUUUGUUCAGAUGUUUCUUGACAAAGGUGCUAACGUUAAUGCUAAAACUUGGCGGUCGGGCAGAACUCCACUUCACUAUGCGAUUGAAUAUGAGAAAAUGGAAAUUGCUGAAUUACUUUUAAAUCAUGGAGCUAACGUUAAUGCCAGUGAUAAGUCAGGUAUUACACCACUGUGUCUCACUGUUCAAAAAGAACUUGUAAGUGGUGUUCAGAUGCUUUUGGACAGAGGUGCUAAUGUUAAUGCUGAAACUCGGUAUGGCACAACUCCGCUGCAUCAUGCGAUUAAAUUUGAGAAUAUGAAAAUUGCUGAAUUACUAUUAGAUCAUGGAGCUAACGUUAAUGCCAGUGAUAAGUCAGGUACACCACUGUGUUGUGCUGUUGAAAAAAAAAAUGUAGAAGUUGUUGCAAUGUUGUUAGACAGAGGUGCUAACAUUAAUGCUAUAUCACAUAACGAUUAUUGUGACUUUUUUAGUCGCAAUUAUUGUGAAGAAAUUGCUGAGUGUCUUAAACAGCAUAUAGUGAAGAUAAAAGCUGCAAAUUUAUCCGUAAGUGAACAAUUAUUAUCAAUGAUCAGGAAUUAUGAAAUAAGUGAUUUACAGAAUAAAUGUGAAAAAGAAGUAGCAAUCAUGAAGAAUGAGAAAAUUAGUAAUACUAACAUAUCAUUUUACGAUAUCGUGAUAAAAGAUACAAAUCUAGUAGAAAUAUAUAUGAGAAAUGAAAAUGUAGUGCAGGUUUUAAGAUCAGACGAGUAUAAAACAAAAUUUCCAAUAUACUCUAGCAUGAUAAAAAAUCAGUUCAGAAAAGGUAUGAAAAAGAAAGAGUUGUUCGAAGAAGGCAUUAAAAGUUUCUAUUUUUUCUGUAAUUUUCCUGAUCUACCACUUGAGUGUAUUGGACAAAUAUUUAGGUACCUAAGUGAUAAUGACAUAAGAAUUUUAAUAGAUACUUGUAAGUCUGUUAGUUUCAGUAAUCUUAGUACUGAUAGUAAUGACGUAGAAGUUACUUCAAGUACAUCUAACGUGCUAUGUGUGUAAGUUAAGGAAGAACGAACUAUUUUAAACAUGACAUAACAGCUAUAAAAACUUAAAAAUUAUUGCUGUAUUUUAAAUACAGAUUACUAUCUUAUUUUGAAAUUAUUUUUUUUUUAAGA